AUGGUGGACGUGAAGUGUCUGAGUGACUCUGAAUUACAGAACGAACUUGAUAAGCUUGGAUUUUCACCUGGCCCCAUACUAUCUUCCACCAGAAAGCUGUAUGAAAACAAGCUAAUGCAGUUGUUGGUCUCACCUCCCUGUGCGUCACCUGUGAUGAAUGGACCCGGAAAGCAGAGCAAAGCUCAGGGCCGUGAUGGCAGUAAAGAGCUGAAUGGCAUCAUCAUUUUGAAAGGAAAUAUCAUAGUCUCAUCAGAAAAAAAGAAGGGAUCCAAAAGAAGACCCAAGGCUUCUACCACUAAACCAAAAGCCCGAAAUAUCUACUGUCAGGAUCAUAAGCAUGCUGAGAAAAUAAGGUGGGCCUCAGGAGCACCAUACACCAGAUCCAAAAGAUGGAGUAACACCAACGAAAAAGACUACUGCACAAUAAACUGGAGCGUUGGGAGCAACAAGCUAGAAAUGUUUCCAGUGGGCUUGAAGCUUGCUGUGUUUGGCAUCUUCAUCAUUGUGAUAUUUGUCUACAUAACCGUGGAAAAUAAGCGGCUCUUUGGUUAA